AUGAAAUUGGCUUUUGUAACAGGAUCUAACAAGGGUAUUGGAUAUAGCAUUGUUGAACAACUUGCAAAAUUUUACAAAGAUACAGGAGAUUGGGAUAUUUAUUUGACAGCGAGAAACGUCGAACUUGGUCUGGAGGCUGUGAAAAAGCUUAGUAGCAAGGGCCUAGAUGUCAAAUUUCACCAAUUAGAUAUAACAGAACCAGAGAGUCGUAAAAGUUUCCUUGAAUUCGUACGGAAAAAUUAUCCUAGUGGUAUAAACAUUGCGGUGAAUAAUGCGGCUAUCGCGUACAAGGAAAACUCACCGGUUCCAUUCGGUGAACAGGCACGGGUUACAAUAAAUACUAACUUCACAUGCACUGUUGACUUUAUUGAAGAGACUAUCCCUUUAUUGGCUGAAAAUGCCAGAGUUGUCAACGUAUCUAGUUCUGUUUCAUUGUCCAGUCUUAAGAAACUAAGCGAUGAAUUGUAUCACAAAUUUGUUGGUCCGAUGAAUAUUUCAGAGCUGAGAGGACUUAUGGCCGAGUUCGUAAAGUGUGCUGAGGAUGGAACUCACUCCGCGAAAGGUUGGCCUUCGACUGCAUAUGGAGUAUCCAAACUAGGCCUAACGAAAGCUUCCUUCAUUUUCGGAGAGAUGUUGAAAGAUGAUCCCAGAAAAAUUGUGAUGAAUUCAUGUUGCCCUGGUUAUGUUGAUACCGAUAUGACUAGUCACAAAGGAGUGAAAACAACUGAUGAGGGAGCUGAUACGCCGUUUUACUUGUCCACAUUACCAAUUGGAGUUAAAGAACCGAUUAACCAAUUUGUCUACGAAAGGAAAGUGGUCAAUUGGCGCAAGUGA